AGGCAGGCUAUUUCCGCGCCAGCUAACCGAAGAGCCUCAACAAAAGAGCCGGGAGUCUAGCUGUGGGAGUCCAGCGAGGGGAGGCCUGGGCCGAGACGCUGCUCGAAUAGAUCCGAACCUAACAGCGCUCUGGAAGAUGCCAUCUACUAGUCAGCUAUGAACCUCGGAGUCACCCUGGACCCCUGCCUGUCUUAUUCCCAGCACAUCUCCACUCUGGCACACACCUGCCGAUUCUUUCUGAGCAACAUACGAAGAAUCUGAACCUUCCUCACCAACUACGCUACCCAGCUCCUGGUCCAGGAGACCAACAACAACAAAUCAAUUUGGAAGAGACUAUCUUGUUUAUGUAUCCAGGUUUAAAAAGAGUCAACACGCGUUUGCUAUUUUAUUAUAUAGUUUUUUUUGUUUUGUUUUGUUUUGUUUAACAUGGCAGAUGGUGAACAUGCCAGCGCUAGUAAUAGUACUGAGGAUAGCUUUGGUACGGAUAGCAGCAAUUUAAACGUGUUGAACUGGGAGCAAGUGCAGCGCCUGGAUAAGAUAUUGACCGAGACAAUCCCCAUUCACGGCCGAGGAAAUUUCCCUACUUUGGAAAUGAAACCCCGGGACAUAGUGAAAGUUGUGAGGAGCAGACUGGAAGAACACAACAUAAACGUGAGAGAUGUGAGGUUAAACGGGUCUGCAGCAAGCCACGUACUUCACGAAGACAGUGGCUUGGGGUACAAGGACCUGGAUCUCAUUUUCUGUGCAGACCUUAAAGGCGAAGCAGAAUUUCGGACUGUCAAGGAUAUUGUUCUCGACUGCCUCUUGGAUUUCUUGCCAGAAGGGGUAAAUAAGCAGAGGAUUACACCUCUAACCCUAAAGGAAGCGUAUGUGCAGAAAAUGGUGAAAGUCUGCAACGAUUCAGACCGGUGGAGCCUCAUAUCCUUGUCCAACAACAGUGGCAAAAAUGUGGAGCUGAAGUUUGUGGACUCCCUGAGACGUCAGUUUGAAUUCAGCGUAGACUCUUUCCAAAUCAAACUCGACUCUUUAUUGCUUUUUUACGAAUGCUCUGAAAACCCCAUGACGGAAACCUUUCACCCCACCAUCAUCGGCGAGAGCGUCUAUGGAGACUUCCAGGCAGCCUUUGACCACCUGUGUAACAAAAUCAUUUCCACCAGGAACCCAGAAGAGAUCCGGGGAGGUGGGCUUCUCAAGUACUGCAACCUGUUGGUCAGGGGCUUCAGGGCAGUUUCAGAGCCUGAAAUCAAGUCUCUCCAGCGGUACAUGUGCUCCAGGUUCUUCAUUGACUUCUCAGAUAUCAGCGAACAGCAACGAAAGCUGGAAGCUUACCUACAGAACCACUUUGUGGGACUGGAGGACCGCAAGUAUGACUAUUUAAUGACACUUCACAGGGUUGUUGAUGAGAGUACAGUGUGCUUAAUGGGGCACGAGAGGAGACAGACCCUCAACCUUAUUGCAAUGCUAGCCAUUAGCGUCCUGGCAGAGCAGAACAUCAUCCCAAAUGUGACAAAUGUAACCUGCUAUUACCAGCCGGCCCCUUAUGUGGCAGAUGCCAAUUUCAGUAAUUACUACAUUGCCCAAGUCCAGCCUGUGUACACCUGCCAGCAACACACUUACUCAACCUGGUUGCCCUGCAACUGAAACAAAAAGGGACAUUUCCUAUGUAUGUAGAAAAGGGGUUGAACCAGUUAAGGGUGUUGUAUUUUGAUGGAUGAAAGAUCUGCUCUAACUUUCACACUUGAUAAACCAGGCGUUUUCUUUCAUAUUAUAUUGGAGCAAGAUCUAAAGAAUAGGAAAAUUGGAAUCGGCUCCAGAGAGAUCUGUCAUUAUAAGCAUAUAAGCUUCAGCUUUCCCUGCUGCAAAGGGCAAGGAAAAGCUUCAAUGACAAUAAGGGAUUGCUGUAAAACUCCCAUAGCCACUAUGAAGCAAGAGCUGGGAAGCCUAAUACUAUUCAGUGAGAUUUGGAAGAUCGUUACAUAUUUUUCCAUGAUGCUGUUCAGAUCUGUUCAAGCUAAAUGAGUUAUGUAGUCUUGAUCGCUGCAUUUGGGUCUAUGUAUUGGUAGAUCAUGAAAAUGAAAGUUACUGCUUUAAUAGAAUGUGCGGUUUAGAAGAAACAGAUCCAAGACAUAAAUAUAGCAUCUAAAACUGCUGACAUGAUCUAAGGCUCCCAGUGUACACAAUUCUCAGUCCGAAAUGUGAGUUGGGGGGGGGGGGGGGGGGGGGAUAAAUAAAUAAAUAAAUAAAAUGAGUUGUUAUAAACCUGAAGUGUGUUUACAGACCAAAGAUUUUUCAUUUUAAAUACCCAAGUUUGAAAAAAAAAGUACUAUAUUUAUAUAUGUUAACAUGAAUUAAAGUGCCUAAUACCUAUGGCAGAUGCAAAAGAAAAGUUGUGUGACUUUCCCGAUGUUUCACUUUGUCAGGGACACAAGACAAACCAACUAUAAAGCUUGUGAAUGUCUACUGUAUGUGGAAAAGCCCACAAUUGUGUACAAAAUGACCCGUGCGCUUUGUAUUCAUGUACGUUGAGUUUACAAUACAGCCUUUUUUAGAAUCUGUAGCUCUUAACCAGUGUUUUAGAAUACAGUGCUGUGUGUGUUCUUGUUUUAAACCAGAUGUCUUAAGACUUUGGACACCUGCAGAUAUUUGAAAAGGUGCAGCUAAACUAGAAAAUCCCAGAUGAAUUUUAAAAGGAAUGUAUUUUGCAACUGGAAUCUUACAACUAAUAAAUUCAUCGAGUGAGCCCUAAUCUUUUAAUAAACGGGUAAUCGUUUUUAUUACAUAUUAAUUGAAUUUGAUCAAAUACUUGAUUUAGGACCCUGGAAUAUUUUGAAAAUGUGUUUGUAAAAAAAAAAAGAAAAAGAAAAAAAGUAAUAAAAAUGACAUUCCAGUUGAUACCUGCAGUUCAUGCUGCAAUAUUACUUUGGGUACUGUAUAUUUUAUUUCAUUGAUUUGCAUUUGACCCUUCAGCCCUAUUAAAACAUGUUUAUUGACAAUUUCUCUCAGGUCAGUUGUUAAUAUAUAUUUGUAUACAACUGCAGGAUUUUUAUUUUUUAAUGCGAAACUGAGAACCACGCAUGACAUAGAUUAUGCUGGUUACAAUCUGAACCCUUAAAGCUAACACAUAACAGAAGUAACACAUGCAUUUCACAGUGGUUAAAAAAAGGCUUUUAAAAUACAGAAGAGUGGUGUUCUUAUUUCACCACAUUUUCAAGAUGAUUUAGAUAGCACCCAUACUUGUUUACUUCAGCACCUUGCCUGUGAAUUCUAUAGGGUCUGUCAAAGCUAUUGAAAUGCCUCUCAUUUUGUUUACCAAGAUAGUUCUACAUUGGAUACUGUGUGUUUGGCUGUGUGUUCAGUGUAAGGCAACCUUGAUUAAUUGUGAGAAGGAAUGCUUUGCUUCCUGGAGCCUGUUCCUUUUAGGCUGCAGCUCUGAACUGAGGCAUACUUGUCAGAACUUUUAGCACUGCUCUGAGUUCUCAGAACGCAAGCAAAGGGAGGGCUGGGGAAAUAGGAUCAGCUGGUGAUUGGGUAUGUCUUUUCUUACCACAACUAUUGGUCAUUCUCUCACAGAAGCCACUAUAAUCUGAAGUUCUUCUAGAACCACAAAAGUGCUCAAAGUAAAUUAUGCAUCUGUAAUUUUUUCUGUGAAGAUAUUUUCCAUAUAUUUUUAUUUUUGUGUCGCCCCCCCUCCCCCCUCCUUGAAAAAAAUACUGGAUUUUUUAAAUACACUUGCAGGCAAUAGUUCAUGCAGGGAACAGGGUUACAUAUUUUUAGACAUAUUUGCCGCUUUAGAAAGAUCUAUUCAGAUGUGGUGCAGCAAACUUACAGACAGCAAUUACCACAGGGAAUUUUAGGAAUAAAAAGUAGGGAUAUCACCUGCUUUCAGUAAAUUUGGUUUUGCACUCAAGGUGUUUUAUGUUUUUAUUAUUUAGAUAUAGCUUUAAAAUUGAUGCUACGUGAAGCAGUACCAUUUGUUGAAAGAUUUUUUUUUCAGUAUACAAAUAUUAGCAUUUUAAGCACUGAACAUGGUUUAUGUCAACCAAAAAUGUACCUUUCAGAAAAUGUAAAUUAUUUAAUAUUGAAUUCAACUGAAAAUACACAGCUCAAGAACAGACAAGUCAAACUGGUGUCUGGACUAAAGGAUUACAUGCAAAUUCAAAUUCUGUAUAGAGGACAUUGAACUGGGGAUUUCCUAUUCAUCUGAGUUUAACUCGCUCAUGAAAAUCACACUGUUGCCAGCAUAGUAUGCUCACCCUUCCACCAUCGGUUUAUGUUAAGUGUUUCAUUGAUAUGUUAUUUUUUACACUGCUGACAAUAUUCCUUAUGACAUGUGUUAUGAUCUUAUUUUGAAUAACCCAUGGCUGUGAGGCAACUGCUUCUAAUAAACACUGAGGAUUUGUUCUGUCAUUUGUAUGAACCCUAAAAGUGUUGACUAAUAAUAAUAAUAAUAAUAAUAAUAAUAAUAAUAAUAAUAAUAAUAAUAAUUAAAAAAAAAAAAAAUGAAAGCCUUUGCAUUCUUUUGGAAUAUAAUUUGAAGUUAUGGUCUGUUGCUGGGGGAGGUUAUAGUUGUGUAACAUAUGUUUCUUAAAAGCUGAUGUUACUAUACUUCAAACCAUAAUUGAGCAUAAUCUAGUGUCUUAGAUGUUGCACAUUUUUGCUGGUUUUAAACCAGUGACCAGUACAUUGAGUAACCCUGCUGGUAAAACACAAGGGUUUUUAUGUAUUGCUGUAACAUAUCUACUGCAAGUCUUGGGCUAUUGCCUUUACACCAUUGAACAGCUUAAAGACAUUUCAAUGUGAAGCCCUUUAGGUUGCUACUUGUUAAUUGUAUUAUGUUUACAUUAGCAAAUAAAAUGUUUCUGCUAUAAGCUGCAACAUGUUGUGUAGAAAAUAGCUUGUAUAUUAGUUCUUAAGAGGUCAGGGUUAGGGAUUGUACUUGGAAUACUUGUUGUUGUUUGCAGUCCCCAAUCCUGUUAACAAAAUAAAUAAAUACAUAAAUAAAUAAAUAAAUAAAUAAAUGGAUAUAUUGUAUACUGGUUCAAUAUGUUGUCAUUAAAAAAAAUACAUUUUAUUA